AAAGUAUUGGCUCCAUCUUGCAUUUCUGGUGGCUUAUAUUCGAUAUACAUCCACAAUAUGCACUAAAACACUCGUCGGAGAAUUGACCAUUGCGCUCAAGAUCUUUGAUUUUGCAACCGCAGUUUGGCGUCUUCAACGUUUUCGAUGCAGUGUUUACACAUCAAUGUUAUGACGAUGCCGUCACACAAUAUCUGUUAGUGUUAGGAGUCCACCGCCUACGAGUAGUUAGUACUGAAUCGGAAACUUCAGCGAAACAGUGUUAGAAAAUUAUAUGGUGAUUAUUCAAAUGACGUGUAUCAUUAACUAUAGGAAGAAAUUUCUUUAUUCCCAAUGACAAUGUGUUUGUAUCACUGAUAAUGUCAAGUGGUGUUUUCUUGGUUUCUGUAAACGGACAAAUUGAAUCUGCAACUAUCCCAGAUGUAGAUGAUUUGUAUUGUAAACAUUGUUUUACUUUUGGACCCGAUUGGGUUGUAACAUCGGGAACUGAAGAAGGUAUUUCACAGUUAUCAAAACGAAGCAACGAUGAAAGACAAACAUGUAUCUGGAAUUUUCCUCUAGAAAUUACUUUUAAAAGCACGAAUCCAUUUGGCUGGCCACAAUUAGUUAUUAGUGUUUAUGGACUUGACCUGUUUGGAAAUGAUAUUGUGAGAGGGUAUGGUCUUUGCCAUCUACCUAUAGCUCCAGGACAUUACAAGAAAGUGAAAUCACAAAUCCAGUCACGCAACUCUGAUGAUACUCCGCAGACAUACAAGUUGAUAGAAGCCGCUUGUGAAGAACAUGGUCAAAAACCUACUGAAAAUACAGAUAUAAGGAAUUAACUGGAGAUCCACCGUUGAUAGCACUCAUUACAUUUGUGAAUAAAAAGCCAGUUGUGUUUCUCAAGAAUGAUAUUUUAUGAAUUGCUGCUUGUUAUUUAUUAAUAGAUAAUUUCUAUGAUUCAACACAUACAUCUAUUACUCUUUUAGUUCACUGAUUUGACCUGUGGAACUUUCAUGUCUUUAGGUAUGGAUCUGUUGAAGAGGGAGCAGUUGUAUGUAAUUGCAGCAAGUGUUUUUUAAGCAAUGCAGUGGGCUUUCUAAUGUGACAUGUAGCAUGUUCUGUAAAU